AUUGUCCCUCGCAGAAUCAGUCGCGCUUUGAAUCGCAGUCCGUGAGGACGCUCCCCUCUCAAACAAAUAAUCUAUCGUGGAUUUGCACGCAAGUGUUCUGCAAGAUGAAAAUCAUAAUGGGAAAUAGGAUCGACACCAACUCCAACAACGAUCCUCUUAACUCUGAAGUCCAGGAUGAUGACAAAGAAAAUGGAAACCUGAACAAACCGUCGGUGGUUCCGAACUCCGCGAUCGCCCAAGUGACGCCCUGGCUGUACCUUUGCGGCGCCAACGCCGUCAGAAUGCAGAGCCUGAAUGCCCUGAGGGUGACGUGCAUCGUGAAUGCAACCUCGGAACUGCCCCUGUUACCCUUGGACGGAAUUGACGUGAUUAGAGUUGCCGUUUUAGACUCGCCAGGGGUUGACCUGAGCUUGUACUUCGACGCCAUUGCUGAUAAGGUCGAGGAAGUUCGGCAAAAGGGAGGCUGCGUGCUGAUCCACUGCACAGCGGGCGUCAGCAGAAGUGCCUCCCUGUGCCUAGCCUACCUGAUGAAGUACCAACGGAUGACCCUGCGCAAAGCCUUUGCCCAUUUGCGCAGCGUCCGACCCGCCGUCCGACCCAACACCGGUUUCUUCCGCCAACUGAUCGACCUCGAGCUGCGGCUGCUCGGCCGCGAAACCGUGUCCAUGGUUUACAACGAGGCGGCCGGCACGCAAAUCCCGGACGUUUACGAGGUCGACUACCAGAAGAUGGUUUGGUUCCAACGCAACUACCGCAACGUCUCGUUGGCCAGGAACUGCUAAAGGCAUUUUUUGUGGACUUUUUUCGUCUGGUUGCGAUUUGCAGAAAGUGCAGGAAGGAGUUGGUGUGAGGGCACAAUUUGUUGAUAAGGAUCUAAUUAUAUAGUUUAGUGUCAUCCCAAAAGGUAUGUUUUUCAACUGUGACUGCCAAAUUUGAUUUAACUUGGUGAGCAACUUUUACAAUUCCUUACAUUUCUAAAGGCUAAAAUAAAAAUUGAGCUCAAAUUGAAAUUAAUUUAAUUAACGAUAUAAAAGAGGCAAUAAUUGUUGCCUGCAAUGCGUUUGUAUUGAAAAACAGCAACUUCUUUAUAAUUAAUUUCCAAACAAAAUAAUGGAUCUACAACCAGAUUAACAUGAAUCGGCGUCACAUUUGAAAAACAUACCUUAUGAAUGAACUGGUCUGGCUGAAAAAAGUAAACUCGCUUAAAACAGUUUAAGUGGAAACAAGUCACUAUUAAAAAAAGGAAGACAUUUUCUGUUAAUGUUUUCGGUACAACAGCUUUAAAAACCGUUCUUUUAUCAUUUUGACACCAAUAAUUUAACUGGAAAAAUUAUUGCAAUAGAUCUACAAAUUUCAGAAUAGGACACAUUUCAAGAGAUGAUUUCUGUUAAAAGUCAAAGUCCAUUCAAAAAGGGCCAUUGUAGAAGUGAAUCCCUGCAAUAGGCUUCUUAUCAAAAUUAUGAAAGUGAAGUUAUUGCUGCUUCGUGAAAAGAUCCACUUUAAUCUCAAAACAAAGGCCAGUCACUCACUACUUGAAUGUAUGAAUUUUAUUUUUUGUUUGAUCUCUUUUUACUAUUUUUUUUUUGUUGAAAUCUAGCGCGCAUUAUGCAUGGCAGCUUUAAAUCACUUCUUUGAGCGCGGGUUUCCUAAUUUUUCCAUUCCAAGACAUAAAAAUGAUUACUUCAGAAUUGUGCAUCUUUAAAAUUUUUGCAUGUGCGUGGUUUUAUCACAAAAGUGUAUUUAUUUUGUACGUCAAAUAAAACUUCAAAAUGAAAAUGAAUGUAAAAAGCAACAAAUU